UUUGAAUAUAUUAACACUGAAUCAGCACUUCUAAAGCCCUGCCUUCUCCCACUGGCUUCACUUGGCCUUCAGACAUAAUGAGGAGACUGGCUUUUCGAGGCGCUGGUUGUGCUCUGGUAAAGCUGAAGAAGUUGGAUUCCAUGGGUUCCAAGAGAAGAAGAGCUACCUCGCCAUCCAGUAGCGUCAGUGGGGACUUUGAUGACGGGCACCAUUCUGUAUCUACACCUGGCCCAAGCAGGAAAAGGAGGAGACUUUCCAAUCUUCCAACUGUAGAUCCUAUUGCUGUAUGCCAUGAAUUGUACAAUACCAUUCGAGACUAUAAGGAUGAGCAAGGCAGGCUCCUCUGUGAGCUCUUCAUUAGGGCACCGAAACGAAGAAAUCAACCAGACUAUUACGAAGUGGUUUCUCAGCCCAUUGAUUUGAUGAAAAUCCAACAAAAGCUAAAAAUGGAAGAGUAUGAUGAUGUUAAUCUGCUGACUGCCGACUUCCAGCUGCUUUUUAACAAUGCAAAGGCCUAUUACAAGCCAGAUUCUCCUGAGUAUAAAGCUGCUUGCAAACUGUGGGAUUUGUACCUUCGAACAAGAAAUGAGUUUGUUCAAAAAGGAGAAGCAGAUGAUGAAGAUGAUGAUGAAGAUGGGCAAGACAAUCAAGGCACAGUGACCGAAGGAUCUUCUCCAAGUUACUUGAAGGAGAUCCUGGAGCAGCUUCUUGAAGCCAUAGUUGUAGCCACAAAUCCAUCAGGACGUCUCAUUAGUGAACUUUUUCAGAAACUGCCUUCUAAAGUGCAAUAUCCAGACUAUUAUGCAAUAAUUAAGGAGCCUAUAGAUCUCAAGACCAUUGCCCAGAGGAUACAGAAUGGAAGCUACAAGAGUAUUCAUGCAAUGGCCAAAGAUAUAGAUCUCCUAGCAAAAAAUGCCAAAACUUAUAAUGAGCCUGGUUCUCAAGUAUUCAAGGAUGCAAAUUCUAUAAAAAAAAUAUUUUAUAUGAAAAAGGCAGAAAUUGAACAUCAUGAAAUGGCUAAGUCAAGCCUUCGAAUGAGGACUCCAUCAAAUGUGGCUACAGCCAGGCUGACAGGUCCUUCACACAGUAAAGGCAGCCUUGGUGAAGAGAGAAAUCCCACUAGCAAGUAUUACCGUAAUAAAAGAACAGUCCAAGGGGGUCGUUUGUCAGCAAUUACCAUGGCACUUCAGUAUGGCUCAGAAAGUGAAGAGGAUGCUGCCUUAGCUGGUAGGCAUUGUAGGAAGAGUGGAAUUUCUCCUAAAAAAUCAAAAUACAUGACUCCAAUGCAGCAGAAACUAAAUGAAGUCUAUGAAGCUGUAAAGAACUAUACUGAUAAGAGGGGUCGCCGCCUCAGUGCCAUAUUUCUGAGGCUUCCCUCUAGAUCCGAGCUGCCUGACUACUAUCUGACCAUUAAAAAGCCCAUGGACAUGGAAAAAAUUCGAAGUCACAUGAUGGCCAACAAAUACCAAGAUAUAGACUCCAUGGUUGAGGACUUUGUCAUGAUGUUUAACAAUGCCUGUACAUACAAUGAGCCUGAGUCUUUGAUUUACAAAGAUGCCCUUGUCCUACACAAGGUCCUGCUUGAAACUCGGAGAGACCUGGAGGGAGAUGAGGACUCUCAUGUCCCAAAUGUGACCCUGCUGAUUCAAGAACUUAUUCACAAUCUUUUUGUGUCAGUCAUGAGUCAUCAGGAUGAUGAAGGAAGAUGCUACAGUGAUUCCUUAGCAGAAAUUCCUGCUGUGGAUCCCAACUUCCCAAACAAACCUCCUCUUACAUUUGACAUAAUUAGAAAGAAUGUUGAAAAUAAUCGCUACCGGCGGCUCGAUUUAUUUCAAGAGCAUAUGUUUGAAGUCUUGGAAAGGGCAAGAAGGAUGAAUCGGACAGAUUCCGAAAUCUACGAGGACGCGGUAGAACUGCAGCAGUUUUUUAUUAAAAUUCGUGAUGAACUCUGCAAAAAUGGAGAGAUCCUGCUUUCACCAGCACUCAGCUAUACCACAAAACAUUUGCAUAAUGAUGUGGAGAAAGAGAAAAAGGAAAAAUUGCCAAAAGAACUAGAGGAAGAUAAACUAAAACGAGAAGAAGAAAAAAGAGAAGCUGAAAAGAGCGAAGACUCCUCAGGCGCCGCAGGCCUCUCUGGCUUACACCGCACGUACAGCCAGGACUGCAGCUUUAAGAACAGCAUGUACCAUGUCGGAGACUACGUCUAUGUGGAGCCCGCAGAGGCCAGCCUGCAGCCACACAUCGUCUGCAUUGAAAGACUGUGGGAAGAUUCUGCUGGUGAAAAAUGGUUGUAUGGCUGUUGGUUUUAUCGGCCAAAUGAAACAUUCCAUCUGGCUACACGGAAAUUUCUAGAAAAAGAAGUUUUUAAGAGUGACUAUUACAAUAAAGUUCCCGUUAGUAAAAUUCUAGGAAAAUGUGUGGUCAUGUUUGUCAAGGAAUACUUUAAAUUAUGCCCAGAAAACUUUCGAGAUGAGGAUGUUUUUGUCUGCGAAUCACGGUAUUCUGCCAAAACCAAAUCUUUUAAGAAAAUUAAACUGUGGACCAUGCCCAUCAGCUCAGUGAGGUUUGUCCCUCGGGAUGUGCCCUUGCCUGUGGUCCGAGUGGCCUCUGUAUUCGCAAAUGCAGAUAAAGGGGAUGAUGAGAAGAACACAGACAACUCAGAGGACAGUCGAACAGAAGACAGUUUUAACUUGGAAAAGGAGAAAGAAGAUGUCCCUGUGGAAAUGUCAAAUGGUGAACCAGGUUGCCACUACUUUGAGCAGCUCCGUUAUAAUGACAUGUGGCUAAAGGUUGGCGAUUGUGUCUUCAUCAAGUCCCAUGGCCUGGUGCGCCCUCGCGUGGGCAGAAUUGAAAAGGUAUGGGUCCGAGAUGGAGCUGCAUAUUUUUAUGGCCCCAUCUUCAUUCACCCAGAAGAGACGGAACAUGAGCCCACAAAAAUGUUCUACAAAAAAGAAGUGUUUCUGAGUAAUCUGGAAGAAACCUGCCCCAUGACAUGUAUUCUGGGAAAGUGCGCUGUGUUGUCAUUCAAGGACUUCCUCUCCUGCAGACCAACUGAGAUACCAGAAAAUGACAUUCUGCUUUGUGAGAGCCGCUACAACGAGAGUGACAAACAGAUGAAGAAAUUCAAGGGACUGAAGAGGUUUUCACUCUCUGCUAAAGUGGUAGAUGAUGAGAUUUAUUACUUCAGAAAACCAAUCGUUCCUCAGAAAGAGCCCUCACCUUUGUUGGAAAAGAAGAUCCAGUUGCUAGAAGCAAAAUUUGCUGAGUUAGAAGGUGGAGAUGAUGAUAUUGAAGAGAUGGGAGAAGAGGAUAGUGAGGUCAUUGAGCCUCCUCCUCUACCUCAACUUCAGACCCCGCUGGCCAGUGAGCUGGAUCUCAUGCCCUACACACCCCCACAGUCUACCCCAAAGUCAGCCAAAGGCAGUGCAAAGAAGGAAGGCUCCAAACGGAAAAUCAACAUGAGUGGCUACAUCCUGUUCAGCAGUGAGAUGAGAGCUGUGAUUAAGGCCCAGCAUCCAGACUACUCUUUUGGGGAGCUCAGCCGACUGGUGGGGACAGAAUGGAGAAACCUUGAAACAGCCAAGAAAGCAGAAUAUGAAGAGCGGGCAGCUAAAGUUGCUGAGCAGCAGGAGAGAGAGCGCGCAGCACAGCAACAGCAGCCGAGUGCUUCUCCCCGAGCAGGCACCCCUGUGGGGGCUCUCAUGGGGGUGGUGCCACCACCAACACCAAUGGGGAUGCUCAAUCAGCAGUUGACACCUGUUGCAGGCAUGAUGGGUGGCUAUCCGCCAGGCCUUCCACCUUUGCAGGGCCCAGUUGAUGGCCUUGUUAGCAUGGGCAGCAUGCAGCCACUUCACCCUGGGGGGCCUCCACCCCACCAUCUUCCGCCAGGUGUGCCCGGCCUCCCGGGCAUCCCACCACCGGGUGUGAUGAAUCAAGGAGUGGCCCCUAUGGUGGGGACUCCAGCACAAGGCGGAAGUCCGUACGGACAGCAGGUAGGAGUUUUGGGGCCUCCAGGGCAGCAGGCACCACCUCCGUAUCCUGGCCCACAUCCAGCCGGCCCCCCUGUCAUACAGCAGCCAACAACGCCCAUGUUUGUGGCUCCCCCACCGAAGACACAACGGCUUCUCCACUCAGAGGCCUACCUGAAAUACAUUGAAGGACUCAGUGCUGAGUCCAACAGCAUUAGCAAGUGGGACCAAACCCUGGCAGCUCGAAGACGCGAUGUCCAUUUGUCAAAGGAACAGGAGAGUCGCCUCCCCUCUCACUGGCUGAAAAGUAAAGGGGCCCACACCACCAUGGCAGAUGCCCUCUGGCGCCUUCGGGAUUUGAUGCUCCGAGACACCCUCAACAUUCGCCAAGCAUACAAUCUAGAAAACCUUUAAUCACAUCAAUUACGUUUCUUUUAUAGAAGCAUAAAGAGUUUUGUGGAACAGUAGCCAUUUUAGUUACUGGGGGCGGGGGGAGGAACAAAGGAUGGUAAUUUUUAUUGCAUUUUACUGUACAUCACAAGGCCAUUUUUAUAUAAGGACACUUUUAAUAAGCUAUUUCAAUUUGUUUUUGUUAUAUUAAGUUGACUUUAUCAAAUACACAGAGAUUUUUUUGCAUAUGUUUCCUUCGUUUAAAACCAGUUUCAUAAUUGGUUGUAUAUGUAGACUUGGAGUUUUAUCUUUUUACUUGUUGCCAUGGAACUGAAACCAUCAAAGGUUUUGUCUUGGCUUGGGAUUUUGGUUUUUGGUUUUUGGUUUUGUUUUUUUAUAAAAGAACAAACAAAAUGAAAAAAAUAUACACACGCGUGUGCGCACGAGAGUUUACAGAUUAGUUUAAGUUGACAAUUAAAUGUGAAGUUGGUCCUAGUUUACAUCUUACAGAGGGGAGUGCACUGGUGUCUGCUUCAUGUACCUGAGUAUCUUGAGCCACUUCAGCAAAAGCUGUUUUGUACAGGUGAAGUGAAAGGUUGUUAUUUCAGGUUACAGGUGUUUGGCAGACCUGGCACAUUUGCUCUGUUAACUCAAGAGACUUGCUCCAGAAAUCUGAAGUCAGUGCUGUGCAUCCUUCUGAAGCUGGUGCGUCUCUCAGACACCUGGACAGGGAGAGCACAGUUUCUUGUGCUGUUAGUCAUCUAUGGUGUCAGGUAUUUUUGCAGAACAUGUGCACAACCCUGAAUUACCUUUAGUCUUGGCAGGUAAGUUUAAGGGUACUUUUGAUCUAUUUAUAUUGAAUUCACAAUUUAUGCCUAUACUUGUUGGAUGAUUUAAAAUUUUAAAUCUCUUACAUGGAAAAAGAUUGAAGUUCACCUUGAAGAAAGCAUUGAGGUGUGUGCAUGGAGGUGAUUUAUUUUUUAAACCUAACACCUAACCUAACAUAGGGAAGGGAGUGCAUAGCCAGAUAUGAGCUGUGUCAGAAGCAUAAUUGUAAAAAAGGGUAGAUUGUCUACAUAUGCAAGUAUGUUUUCGUAUCUAUUUCCUCACCAGAUGUGGCAUUUUUUUCCUUCUCUAAGUUUCAGCGUUGUAAUUCUCAACCAGAAAUUUGAGGCUUUCUAAAAUGUUUUUUAAAUUUAAUUUGUGCUUUUGAAUUUCAGGAGAAAGUAAUUAUAAUCUAAGAAAAUACUCACUUAAAAAGACCAUUAUGGAUUCCAAACACUUGGGGUUGACCCUUUCUCUUUCAUAUGAGCCUCGAAUGAACAUCUGGAGGCAGCGUAUGAUGCGCAGACAGGUAGAAAAGCACCACACCUGGAUUCCACUCGGUUUUUGAAACCCGUUUUUUUGUAACAAGAUUGUUGCCAUUUUGGUGGAGCUUCCCUUGCUGUUGUUAAAUUGAGAGAGUGACUCUCACGGGAUACUUUUUUCUUUUAAUCUGGUAUGAAUCAAUACCUGGAUAUUUAAUUGCCAUUCUUUCUAAAUCAUGGGGACAAAAGUGUGUAAAAUGGAAACAAGUCUCUUGUAUUCUAGAUACUUUAAAUACAGGAGGCCCUUGUAACUUAAUUGCCUAUAGUCAACCACUGGAUCUCAGUUUGCAUCAAGUAUUUUAAAUGAUUCUGAAUUUUAAAAAAUGUAUUGCAGUAGUAUGUCAGUACCUUAUUGUUAAACUGAAUCAGAUAAAGAAAUCUUCAGUUCCUAGUUAUUUGGGCCAUUGAAUCAUCAUGGACUGUAUAAUACAAUCAGAUUAUUUUAUUUCUAGACAUUCUUGAAUUACACCAAAGAACCUGAAAUCUAAUUUUGGUUAAGUUAUUUAUUUAUUUCAUGCACCCAUUUUAUUUCCCUUUUUAAGGUCUGGAUGAGACUUCUUUGGGAAGCUUCUAAAAACUCUUCACUGUGGGCUAGGUGGGGCAUUAGAACCCAGGGCACUCCUCCUCCGGGCUCCUUCCCAGUGUCUAGAGGUGCUGUAGAAACCAUAGAUCCAGCCAGGGGCUUCCCUAAGGCAGUGCAGAGCCGGGCCAGGGGGCCAGUAGGCAGGCCCUAAUUAAGUUUAAAAAAAAAAAAAAAAAUCUAUGUAUUUAUUUUAGAAUCAUGUCUUUCUGUAUAUUAACUUGGAGAAUGUCAGUUAAUAUUUAGGAUAUAAGAUUUGAGGUCAGCCAUUUUCCAAAAAAGAUAAGCCAAAAAAAAUUUUUUCUAAUGUCCUGACUUAAGAAAGUACAAGUGAACUAUAUGUCUUUUUUUUUUCCCCAUGAGUUUUAGGAACUAGUGAUACGGCUUAGAAAGUUUAAUGGCCUAAAUGUUUUCAAAAUGUAAGUUCAUGUGGAAAAGAACUUUAUUUGGGGGAAAACCUAUAGGUUUAAAAUAGUAUGUCAGCCAACUGAUUUAAAAGGCCUUUGAACUGCUUUGUUUUUGAACCCACCUUUGUCUUCCUAUGAGGAAGAACUGAAAGAGGGGACACUUCUUUGUGUGAAAUCUCAAACUGGUGUUGUUGGCUUCUGAGCUUGAACCUUUUCAGACCUAAUUAAAACUUGGUUUAUUCUAAUUUCUGUAUCAAAGGAGGUUUAAGUGGUAACUAGUCUUAUAACAUGUAUGUAUCAUAUGUUUGUUCAUUUAAAACUUUUUAAUCCAAAUAAAAAUGGAGUUUGCAAAGUGA